AGUUGGCAAUGAAACCUGGAGUAGAUGACUAUAAGGAUUUACUGUGGAGAGGAAUGCAGCGUCGGGACUUUUCCCUGUAUCGCGAGUACGAGACCGAUAGGUGUCCAGACUUUAACGAUCAACAAUGGGCAGAGCGGCGAUAUUUGAUGGACAGAGACAGACCGCAACGACCUAGGGACAACGAGACGGUGAUAGACGAGAUGAGGGAGAUGAUCAAGGUUUUGGCUCGACAGGUUGCGAGUAUAGAGGCGAAGACGGAGACUGUUGGUUAUAAGGCGAGGUACGAAUCGUUGAACUCACUGAGGUGCGAUCGAGUUAGGACUGGUUCAACAUACUCGCUAAGGUGGGAUAAUCGCUACUCAGGAUCAUGGAGAGACGCCGGGGACAGAAACCCCCGGACACUGGCCGAUUAUCGAGCGAAGGAGCAACGGUAUCUUAUACGUCGCGACGAUUCCUCUAGGUACCACGGUGAGGAUCGAGAUCGACAGGUUGCUCAUCCUAGAGACUAUACGAGAGAUAGGGACAACGAGUAUCGGCGACAUGGUUGGGUGGAGACCUACCCUCACAGCCCAAGGUAUGAUCGAGGUCCUGAAGACCUCCCGAAUGCAGAGGAGUAUCUUAAGACUCUAGAUAGGUAUGACCAUGUGAAGGCGAGAGACCGACACAACAAUUCCCGCGAGCGGGAUGAGAGGGGAUAUGUUGAUCUGGACUAUCGCAAUGAUGCCAGACAAGAGUCUGGCCUGCGUCCUCAUGACAUACGGGUAUCAGGCGGACACGAAGGAUACAGACGUGUAGAGGCUCAACCUUCUUCUCCUCGUAACACAUGCGUCUGCUGCUGUUCGGAUGAUCAUAUCGGAAGAGAUUGCCCUGAUCUUCAGAAGGCAAUAGACUAUGGCAUAGUGAGACUUAGGRACCGAUGGUGCGUCAAKAGAAACGACGAUCKGAGAGAUGCAUCCGUUUUUCCUUCGAAGAACGACGACGUCGAGGUCAGACGAGCGUCGUCGGACGAGGUAGAGGCGAUCCCAAAGAGUCGGAGUGUCAGGAUUUUCUUACCAUCGGUAGCCAAGACGCCUAUAGUGUCCAACCGCGUCGCCUCUACCAAAUCAUCGUGAGCUCUUCUCUCGAAGGAGAGGGUUGUCCCAGAGGAUCAAGAGGGAGAGGAAGAGGAGCAAAAACGAGAGUUCGAGGGAGUUGCUGAAACAGUGACAACGCCCUUGAGGCAAACACUUAGCCAGUGUAUGCGAAGUUUCAUACG